CGUCUACCCUGGCCGUUUCCACGACCACGGGAGGGAGACCCUGUGAAAGACCGCCCACAAGACCCCCGCGCGCAGUCAUGAGCCCCGCCUCCCGCUGGUGUUUGGAGAGGGGCGGGACCUGGAGCGAGGCUGCUCCUUGACCUCGCCAUGUCAUCCCCCACCACGAGUUCCCUGGACACCCCUCUGCCUGGAAAUGGCCCCCCUCAGCCCAGCACCUCCUCCUCUUCACCCACCAUAAAAAAGGAGGGUCCUGAGCCAUGGCUCGAGGGUCCAGACCCUGAUGUCCCAAGCACUGAUGGGACUGGCUCUGCCUGCAUUGUGGUCAUUCUAGAGCAAGAGGAGGAGCCGGAGCGCAAGCGAAAGAAGGGCCCAGCUCCAAAGAUGCUGGGUCACGAGCUUUGCCGUGUGUGUGGGGACAAGGCCUCUGGUUUCCACUACAAUGUCCUCAGUUGCGAAGGCUGCAAGGGCUUCUUCCGGCGCAGUGUGGUCCAUGGUGGGGCUGGGCGCUACGCCUGCCGGGGGAGUGGCACCUGCCAGAUGGAUGCCUUCAUGAGGCGCAAGUGCCAGCUGUGCCGGCUCCGAAAGUGCAAGGAGGCGGGGAUGAGAGAGCAGUGUGUCCUCUCUGAAGAACAGAUCCGGAAGAAAAAGAUCCAGAAACAGCAGCAACAGCAGCAGCCGCCACCUGUGGAGCCCGCGGGCAGCAGCAGCUCAGCCUCUGGGUCUGCAGCCUCACCUGGCGGGUCCGAGGUGGGUGGUCAGGGCUCUGGGGAAGGCGAGAGUGUCCAGUUGACAGCAGCACAGGAACUAAUGAUCCAACAGUUGGUGGCCGCCCAGCUGCAGUGCAACAAACGUUCCUUCUCUGACCAGCCCAAAGUCACGCCCUGGCCCCUGGGUGCAGACCCCCAGUCUCGAGACGCACGCCAGCAGCGCUUCGCCCACUUCACGGAGCUGGCCAUCAUCUCAGUCCAGGAGAUUGUGGAUUUUGCCAAACAGGUGCCUGGCUUCCUGCAGCUGGGCCGUGAAGACCAGAUCGCCCUCCUGAAGGCAUCCACCAUUGAGAUCAUGCUGCUGGAGACCGCCAGGCGCUACAACCAUGAGACAGAAUGCAUCACCUUUCUGAAGGACUUCACCUACAGCAAGGAUGACUUCCACCGUGCAGGCCUACAGGUGGAGUUCAUCAACCCCAUCUUUGAAUUCUCGAGGGCUAUGAGGCGGUUGGGCCUGGACGACGCAGAGUACGCCCUGCUCAUCGCCAUCAACAUCUUCUCAGCUGACCGGCCCAACGUGCAGGAGCCAAGCCGCGUGGAGGAGCUGCAGCAGCCCUAUGUAGAGGCCCUGCUCUCCUACACACGCAUCAAGAGGCCGCAGGACCAGCUUCGAUUCCCACGCAUGCUGAUGAAGCUGGUGAGCCUGCGCACCCUGAGCUCCGUCCACUCCGAGCAGGUCUUUGCCCUGCGGCUUCAGGACAAGAAGCUGCCGCCUCUGCUCUCUGAGAUCUGGGACGUCCAUGAAUAAGGGCCUGCCACCCUGGCCCCCAGUCUCACCUGACUGACCACCCUGCAACAGAUGGAUGCUGUCACCUUUCCUCCUCCUGGGGCGGAAGGGGGCCAGGCCAGGCCUCAGCCUUCAGUAUGUGUCCCAGGUGGGGUCCUGGAGGACCCUCCCUGCCCUCCAAGUCUUCCAGGAGGGGUGAUGGGUCACAGGUCCUGACCUCUGACCCUUCCCAACUGUCCUCUCCCCCAGCUUACACCUCAAGCCCACCAUGCAGUGCACCUUGAACAGAGGGAGCUGGGGCUCAUGGCUCCCCACAGCCUGGGAGGCCAUAGGCCCCCCUCUUCCCCUGCUCCUUUUAUUUAAUAAAAACAAAACAAAAUCAAGGAAGUAUGAGUAGAAGUCAG